AUGCACAUCUCAUGUUUAGGUUUCUUCUUCUUCUUCUUCUUCUUCUUCUUCUUCUUCUUCUUCUUCUUCUUCUUCUUCUCACAUCAAUACAUCUAUUUUCUCUUUUUGCUUUUUUCUUCUCUAAUUUCUCUCCUUUGUAAUUAUUUAUCUUUUUUUAGUGAUUUUUUCUUUUCUUUUUCUCUUCAUCUGUUUUUAUUUUCUUCUUUCAUAAGCCACUUCUUUUUUAGUUCAUUAUUUAAUUUCAUUCUUAGGAAUAAACAAUUUUUUCGUUUCCAUUCUUUUUCCUUUCGUGUUUCCUUCUUUCUUUCUUUCAUUAUUUCUUUCUUUACUAUUUCCAUUUCCUUCUUUCUUUCGUUCUUUCUUUCGUUCCUUCUUUCUUUUUUUUUUCUUUCUUUCUGUCCUUCUUUCCUUCUUUCUUCCGUGCUUUCUUUUUCCGUUCUUUCUUUCUUUCGUUUUUUCUUUCUUUCUUUCUUUUUUUGUUUGUUUGUUUGUUUGUUUGUUUGUUUGUUUCUUUCUUUCUUUCUUUCUUUCUUUCUUUCUUUUUAUUAUCUUUUUUGUUCCUUCAUUAUUUCUCCUUUCCUUUUUUGUUCCUUCUUUAUAGCUAUCUUUGUUCUUUCUUUCUUAAUUGAUUUUCUCUCUAUAUAUCUUUCUUUUUUCUUUAUAUUUUUUCUUUACAUAUGUUCCCAUAUUUAUUCGCUUCUCUUUCCUUUUAUGUAUUUUCUCUUUCUUUUUAUACAUUUUCUCUUUCUCUAUAGAAACACAUUUUUUUUCAAUUUAUCUCUUGCAUUCUUUCUUUCUUUUUUCUUUCUUUUCCUCCCCUUUUCCCAUUUUCAUUUUAUGUUAUUUCUUCAUAUUUAUAUUUAUAUAUUUCUCGAUUUUCUUUCUCUUUCUGUGAUGUCCUUCGCUUUUUUUUCCAUUAUUUUUUCUUUCUUCCAUUUUGUUUCUUUCAUUCAUUUUAUUUCCUUGUAUCAUACAAACUCAUUUCUUUUUUCUUUAUUUCUUUUUAUUCUACUUUUUUUCUAUUUGCUCUUUCUAUACAUCGUCUUUUUAUUAUUUUUCGUUCUAUUUAAUUUCUAUCUUCUCCGUUUUUUCUAUCUAAUAUUUUUUCUUUCUUCACUCAUUCUAAUUUUCCCACCUUUCUUUAUACAGUUUUAUUCCUCUAUUUCUCUUCUCCAUUAUUUAUUUCGAUCUUUCUCGCUCUACUUUUUUCUUUCUAUGUUGUUUAUCUUCACCUUCUUGAUUCUUUAUUUCCCACCUUUUUAUCUUUUUUCUCUUCAUCGGUUGUCUUUCUCUUUUAAUCUUUUCUUGCCUUCCUUCUUUUCCAAUUGUUUUCUUCUUUUUCAGCUUGUCAACAAUCUCUUUCACUCUGACAAACGCCGCGCUAGAUCUUUAUUGGCAUCAACUCCCAAGGUGUUCCUCGCAAUGCGUAUCGACAGAUCAGAACGAAAGAUUUAG